CGCUGUCCUUGAGAUGCGUCCAAAAUGCACUGCUUGCAAGUUUCAGCAAGAUGCCGUCUCAUUCUGCUGUACAUGUAAUAACUACAUUUGUAAUAAGUGUCUGGAUUGUCAUCAACAUCUUACAGUCUUUGAAGAUCACGAGAUUGUAUCCACACAGGAUAUCAUCAACGGGAAGGCCAGUAUUGGUCAUCUACCCGAGAAGUGCUGCAUCCACAAACAAGAGAACAAAGAUAUGUUUUGUGAGGAUUGUAAGGUCCAUGUCUGUCACAAGUGCGUGAUCGUCGGUCAUCAAUAUCACAGCAUCAAGAAUCAGGCUGACUUCGAGCAGCAGUUACGUCUUAAGGUGAACGACCUUGUCCAGCGUUGUGCCGCUAAGAAAUCAGAACUGGAAAAAAACAUUCAGAAUGUGGAAGUACAACGCCACGAAGUAUACAGUGCCGUGCAGAAACUACUGGACGAUGUCAGUCAAGCUUACAGCAUCAAGGCAAAAGUGCUUGAGGAUAAUCAUCGAAAUCUCAUCGAGCAAAUCAAUGUAGUAAAGCGGAGUUUCGAUGACGACCUCAACGUCUUGAAAACCAAUGAUCGACAGAGAAUCAAGAGUAUUUGUAGUUCAAGAACACUGGUGGCCAAUGACAGACUGGGUCAUCUUGAGACAGACAGUCUGUCUGCUCGUGCUUUGCUCUGUGAGGAGCUGGAUGCCAUGCUGAAGGAGGCUACUGAUCACAAUUCUGCGGCAGCCAUUACGAAGAAAGCACAGAAGAAGAGGUUCAAGCCUGCAGAUGAUACUCGUCUUAACCUCGGGAGCAUUUCAGAAUCAGAUCCCAACGUGCAAGUCAUUCAGCGUGUAGAUCUACGGGGAUACAUGUGGGGGAUGACCCCGUACUCUGAUGACAGUGUAGCUAUCGGAUAUACUGGUGCACAUGGUAUAGAUAUCGUUGAUUCAGCUGGUAAAACGCAGCAGUAUGCAAACAUACCAAGUAACAUGAAGUGUUAUGACCUUGUGUUUCAACAAAACAGGUCGUUAUGCAUUUCGACGAAUAGAAAAAUACACACAUAUUCUCCCUAUGGAUCCAGGAAAUCAACCAUCCCCUGUCCAAACAGCGUAGGCCUACACAUACUAAACAGAAGUCCAUCAGAUGAAAUCCUCAUCGCCAGCAAUCAAAAGCAAGUCCAUAUCUAUGACCCGACUGGAUCCACUCUCAAACACACUGUUCCAACAAAACACAACAUUACGGGCCAGGUAUCUGCUACCAGGUCGGGUUUGAUCGUCACGAGUUCAUGUCAUCACUCCAGUCCAAGCGUGGUGAUGGUCUAUGACAGGGAUGGGAAUGCUGGUAAGUCUCUACAAGCUCCAUCAGACAAAGUCUGCCUGUUUGCUGCCCUGGAUGAGCAGGACAGGGUGUAUGUAGCGAGUGUUGAUUAUGAGAGUGGUAAUGUGGUGAUCAGGCUCUAUGACCUUGAUGGUCUGAACCUGAAGGAAAUAGUCGAGUUCAACUUACCCAAUUUGACACUUGGUUCUGGUUGGUGUUACCUGGUUUCCCUCUCACCAGACGUGCUCGCGUUUGCUUCUCACAAAAAGUUGUAUUUUAUCAAAGUAUCACUGUAAUCCAUCUCACACUCUACAUUACCUUUAUUGAUGGAUGGUGUAUAAACAUGUACCUCUCUGCUCCAGCACUUUUCUAAUAUGGGCCUUGUUUCAUAUUCUAUUGUUUAUUAUGUGAUAACUAAAUGAUUGAGAUGAUGCCGAUUUUCUCAAUAGAUUUCGAUUGCCUGUAUACAGUUUUCAUAUUCCUCUCUCGAAAUUGUAUAUAAAUACAUAAGAUAUACAUAUACUUCUUGCAUUGUGUAAUCAUUUCUCUUUACUGAAAGCCAAUGGUAGGAUACCAUAAUAAAUAACUUGAAAAUUGAUAAACAUAUCGAUUAACUUCAUAUUAGUAUUAUUUUCCUUUCGUUGUUAUCAUCAAGUACUUAAAAGUUAUUUUGUUGGUACUUAUAUUGUUUUAAGCGUAUGUUGUUUUAUUGUCUAUCUUGCGCGAUAGCUCAGUCGGUAGAGCAGUGGUCUCGUAAUCC